GUAUUUGUAUGCAACAGAAAACGAAGAAAGUACAGCUGAGGAACCAGAGCAACUAUCAGUUGGUUACUCGGCUGAUGCCAGCACUUGCAGCCUGUCAUUUGAUCAGGAAGGAGAGCAGGUUGUGUCUGCAGCUGCUAUCGGAGAAGCAUCCAUGCAGGUGAUAUCCAUCAAUGACACAGAGGAGGCCUUCAGUACUCAUAUCAUUCCAAUCGAAGAGGAUGACGAUGACAAUGAUGAUGAUGAUGAUGUACAGUUUGUUCAAGAAAGUCAGCAGGGGCAAACUAUGAACGCUGCAGGCGGGCCCAAACACAACAGGCAGCAAACCUUACCGGCAGACAACACUGAAAACAGCACCUCUCUGGAUAAAGAUUCAGAUGAUGACUUUAAUAUGCUUAAUGUAGAAACUGUCAGAAAUCCAAACAAAGACAAAUUCACAUGCCAAAUAUGUAGCAGGACAUUUUACCACAAGGGCACUCUAACACACCACAUGAAGUUACACAAGUCAAACUUCUGUAACAUUUGUAAGCAGCAUUUCCCUCACAGGAACAAGUUAAACUCACACACCUGCGUGCCUCCAGUUCCUUCUCAGAGAGUCAGUAAGUCUUGUGAGCUGUGCGGAAAGACCUUUGCGAACCCAUCGGCUCUGCGGAUUCACUACGUCGUCCACACAGGAGAGAAACCCUACAGGUGCAGCUUGUGUGGGAAAGGGUUCACCCAGAAAGGCAAUCUGAAGUGUCACCUACGCAUCCAUACUGGAGAGAGACCGUUUCGCUGUAUUAGAUGUGGGAAGACCUUCACGCAAAAGGUGAACCUCAACCAUCAUUUAAUGGCACACAGAAAUCGUGAGGUUGUGGGAGAAACGCCCAUAGCUAGAAGACAUGUUAAAAACCUAAUGGCUGAAACCUGUCAGUGACUGACUGUAGGGCAGGAUCCGUACCUUUUUUAACCUGAAUGCAUCAUGUAGUACUCCUCAAAUUGAUGUAAGGGCAGUUAAAGUCAUGUUUGUAAUGACUUGAGGCCUGUCGUAGUGCUCAGAAAAUCAUGAGUGUGGAGCAUAAUGUCCUGGUUUUUGUCAGAUGUGUUUUUUAUUUAUAAGCAUGUAGCAAUUCAAUGUCUUAGUUGAUGUUUACAUUUAAAAAAAAAAAAAAAAAAUCACGUUCACUUUGUGAUUUAAAUUUUU